CCCCCCCCCCCCAAACGACAACAGACAUGCGCCUGCGCUGCCUCUCCCACCCCUCAAACGGCGCAUCCAAUCUGCAGGCACCAUGUGGCGGCGAGUCUACUUCCUGUUGAUCCUGGUGCGCAUCUACUUUGCGCUGUCACCGAGCUAUCUGCAUCCGGACGAGAACUUCCAGGGCCCGGAGGUCAUCGCGGGCCGCGUCUUCGACUACCCCGUCCUCGAAACGUGGGAAUUCACCUCUGCGCAUCCCAUCCGCAGCACCUUCCCGCUAUGGCUCGCCUACGGCUGGCCCAUGUACAUCCUGCGCUGGCUGUGGGAGGGCUUUGGCUACGACGUCUCGCCGUCGGUCGUCUACUGGACGCUGCGAGUGCUCAUGCUCACCCUGAGCGUCGUCAUGGAGGACUGGGCCGUGCAUGAGCUGGUCCAGUCGCCCCGCGCGCGACGCGUCGCUGUGCCCCUGGUCGCGUCGUCAUACGUGACUUGGACCUUCCAGACGCACACCUUCUCCAACAGCCUGGAGACGCUGCUCGUAUGCUGGAGUCUGGUGUUGAUACAACGCAUUGUGGGAGAUAAGAAGCGCUCCGGCAUCUUGGCCUCGUCCCUGUUAGGAUGCAUGGUCGUGGUGGGAGUCUUCAAUCGCAUCACGUUUCCUGCCUUCCUGCUCCUUCCCUCGUUGCUUCUGUUGCCCCACUUCAAGCGCAAACCACUUUCCUUCGUCUUCCUUACUCUGUCCGCUCUCUUUGCAGCUUUCAUUGCCAUCUGCGUCGACACAGCAUCCUAUACCCCCGCCGAAUUCACCUUCUCGAGCGUCUUCAGCAAUCCCGUCAUCACACCGCUCAACAACUUCCUCUACAACUCCGACUCGGCCAACCUUGCCCAGCAUGGCAUACACCCACGUUACCAACACUUCCUGGUCAACCUCCCACAACUCCUCGGCCCCGCAUUCCCACUCCUCUUCUUCCUCCGCCGCUCGCACAUCAGUCCAAUCCUCAUAUCUGCCCUAUCCGGCGUCGCUCUGCUUAGCAUCUUCCCGCACCAAGAAGCGCGCUUCCUGCUUCCCGCAGUACCACUGAUCCUAUCCUCCAUCCGCCUUCCCUACAACCCCCAGCUCAGAAGGUUCUGGACGGCAACUUGGAUCAUCUUCAACCUCGCCCUCGGGAUGCUAAUGGGCGUGUACCACCAAGGCGGCAUCGUCCCCGUACAAAUGAACAUCGCAAAGACAAAUGAAACCGUCACGCACGCAUUUUGGUGGAAAACAUACAGUCCACCAACCUGGCUGCUGAACGGGAAGAACCAAGAACUCACUACAGUAGACUUGAUGGGCAUGCCCGGGCCACAAAUGCUCGACGCCGUCAAGAUCUCUCUGCCGUCCUGCCGAACGCGAAAACCGCCGAAGAUAGAAGGAAAGGGUGCGACGUACCUCGUGGCGCCACGAUCAGCGUACUUCCUCAACCCGUUCCAGGACCCCACCAAGCGUAAGGAGAUCUCGCUCGAGGAGGUGUGGAGCUACAGACAGCACCUGAACCUCGACGACAUGGACUUCGGUGAUGAUGGCGUGUGGCCGACGCUGAGCAGAGUCGCUGGUGAUCGAGGACUGGUUGUGUGGCGGGUGACGAGGAAUUGCUGGGCUACUGAGGCGCCAGCUUAGAGCGAGCUUACUACUUUGGCUACGGCCACUGUCUCCUCGUUGACUUUUGUUGAGGGAGUUUGUCUGCUUGGAACUCCACGGCAUCUUCUUUUCGUUUACAUUUUCACAUCAAGAUACCCUUUUAGAUACAGCUUUCCUAAUCUC